GAGGCGAGGCGGCGAGCUGCGCUGAGUCGGGGAGCAACAUAGUGCGCGUUUUAUAAAACCCUGCCAUAACGAAGCUUGUUAGUGUGCUUUUGUGAGGAGAUUGCACUGAAGACACCUUCAGAGCGCCGGGUGGGCAAAUAGAAGUAAUGAGUUCCUUGUUGUUAUGUGUCCUCUUGGCAUUAUUGCCGCAAGCGUUUGGACGGGCAUCAAACACGAACAUCAAAUUUAACAACUCCUUGGUAAUCGGACAGAAACCAAAUCACAAAUUAUUAUUGAAUUUAAACGCACCGCCUCUAGUAACGAAAACGAACGAGUUACAAAUAGUAUUCACCGACCCGAAAUGUGCACUUUGCUUUAAUUGUAUGGAACGAGCUUUAAAAGCGCACAAAUAUAACAAAUACCGGCCUGAUUCAGAAGAACUUUCUGAUCUGCUUACAAAUACUGUAACGGUACAGAGAAAGAAGAGAUAUGUGACUUCAACACCGUCAACAGAUGGAAAAAAAGAUAAAAAGGGGAAGAAGAAAAGCAAAGCGCACAAAACAAUUAUAGUUACACAAUAUAAUAUGGAAGGAGAAGUAUAUGCUCUGAAAGUGAAAGAAUCUUUACCAGGUUCGGAUCACACUGAGAACGAGUCCGGUGCAUGCCAUGUGUACAGUGUCAACAAAGUAAUGCGGUGUAAUACUCCGGAAGGAGAUGCGUUCAUUGCCAAUGUUAAGAGAAAUGCCAAUAGGAAGGAUAAGAGACGUAAGGAGGAUGGAGAAGAUGUAACUAGAAAAAACCCAACAACAACUCGAGUGUUGUCGAAAUCUGUAUUUAGAAAACGACAAACUGAUGAUGCCAGAAGUCAAAUGCCCGAAAAUGUAAUGUCGUCCGUAGAAGAAUUUUAUUAAACAAAUUUGUGGGUACAUUCUUUGUGGGAUUUCGAGCAUUCUAAUAUC